GAAACCAUGAAGGGGGACACUCUACAACCCAGCAGAGAGGAAGAGGCCAGCGGAAGGGAAGACUCCAUCAUCACCAAUGGGGCCUGCAGCGACCAGUCCUCCGACUCCAAAGAUGCCCCCUCGCCCCCGGUCUUGGAGGCUAUCAGCACCCCGGAGAUCAGAGGUGCCACGAGCCGAAGAUCAAGCUCCCGACUGUCAAAGAGGGAGGUGUCCAGCCUGCUGAGCUACACUCAGGAUCUGACUGGCGAGAGAGAUGGUGAUGGGGAGGAUGGAGAAGGUUCCCACACGCCAGUGAUGCCAAAACUCUUCCGAGAAACCAGGACUCGUUCGGAAAGCCCAGCAGUCCGAACCCGAAAUAGCAACAACAGUGCCUCCAGCUGUGAGAGGCUCAGGCCUUCUCCACGUUCCACCCGAGGCCGGCACGGACGCCAGCCUGUGGACGAGUCACCCGUGGAGUUCUCAGCAACCAGGUCCUUGAGGCCUAGAGGAGAAUCCUCUGCCAGCACCCCAUGGCCAUCACCUUCCAGUUCUUAUCUCACCAUCGACCUUACAGAGGACGAUGUGAUACCUCAGAACAGUAGCACCCCCUACACCUGCCUGGUCAUGGACAGCCUGCAGGAUGGUCUGGAAUCCCCCCACGUGCGGGAUGCUGACAGCCGAGAAGCAGAUGGCACUGAGUACCAGGAUGGCAAGGAGUUUGGAAUUGGGGACCUUGUGUGGGGGAAGAUCAAAGGCUUCUCCUGGUGGCCAGCCAUGGUGGUAUCCUGGAAGGCCACCUCCAAGCGUCAGGCUAUGGCUGGCAUGCGUUGGGUGCAAUGGUUUGGCGAUGGCAAGUUCUCUGAGGUCUCUGCAGACAAGCUGGUGGCCCUGGGGCUAUUCAGCCAGCACUUUAACCUGGCAACCUUCAACAAGCUGGUCUCUUACAGGAAGGCCAUGUUCCAUGCACUGGAGAGAGCUAGGGUUCGGGCUGGCAAGAACUUCCCCAGCAGCCCAGGAGACUCAUUGGAGGACCAGUUGAAGCCCAUGCUCGAAUGGGCGCAUGGGGGCUUUAAACCCACUGGGGUUGAGGGCCUGAAACCCAACAACAAGCAGCAGCCAGUGGUUAAUAAGUCGAAGGUGCGUCGUUCAGGCAAUGGGAAGUUAGAAUCAAGGAAACACGAGAAUAAGGCACGCAGGCGCACCGGCACAGCAGAUGACUCCACUGCUUCUGACUACUGUCCCCCACCCAAGCGGCUCAAGACCAACUGUUACAACAAUGGCAAGGACCGAGGAGAGGAGGAUCAGAGCCGAGAGCAAAUGGUUAUGGAUGUGACCAACAACAAGAACAACCUGGAAGAUAGCUGUUUGUCCUGUGGCAAGAAGAACCCUGUGUCCUUCCACCCUCUCUUUGAGGGAGGCCUCUGCCAGACAUGUCGGGACCGUUUCCUCGAGCUCUUCUACAUGUAUGAUGAUGAUGGCUACCAGUCCUACUGCACUGUGUGCUGUGAAGGCCGAGAGCUACUGCUCUGUAGUAACACGAGCUGCAGCCGGUGCUUCUGUGUGGAAUGCCUGGAGCUGCUAGUGGGUGAAGGCACAGCUGCCGAGGCCAAACUGCAGGAGCCCUGGAGCUGCUACAUGUGUGUCCCUCAGCGCUGCCAUGGAGUCCUGAGGCGUCGCAAGGACUGGAACAUGCGCUUGCAGACCUUCUUCACCAGCGACACAGGACUUGAAUAUGAAGCCCCUAAAUUAUACCCUGCCAUCCCUGCAUCUCGAAGACGGCCUAUUCGCGUCUUAUCUCUGUUCGAUGGCAUUGCAACAGGUUACUUGGUGCUCAAAGAACUGGGCAUCAAAGUUGAGAAAUAUGUGGCCUCCGAAGUGUGUGAGGAGUCCAUUGCAGUGGGGACAGUGAAACAUGAGGGCAACAUCAAAUAUGUGAAUGAUGUCAGGAACAUCACCAAGAGAAAUAUUGAAGAAUGGGGUCCUUUUGACCUGGUAAUCGGUGGCAGCCCGUGCAAUGACCUCUCCAAUGUGAAUCCUGCCCGGAAGGGUCUGUAUGAGGGUACAGGUAGACUCUUCUUUGAGUUCUACCACCUGCUGAAUUAUUCACGCCCUAAGGAGGGUGAUGACCGACCCUUCUUCUGGAUGUUCGAGAAUGUGGUAGCCAUGAAAGUCGGAGAUAAAAGAGAUAUCUCUCGCUUCCUGGAGUGCAAUCCAGUCAUGAUUGAUGCUAUCAAAGUUUCCGCAGCUCACAGGGCUCGCUACUUCUGGGGCAACCUGCCUGGGAUGAACAGGCCUGUGAUAGCAUCAAAGAAUGAUAAACUCGAGCUGCAGGACUGCUUGGAGUUCAAUAGGACAGCCAAGUUAAAGAAAGUACAGACAAUAACCACCAAGUCGAACUCGAUCAAACAGGGGAAAAAUCAACUUUUCCCCGUUGUCAUGAAUGGCAAAGAAGAUAUUUUGUGGUGCACUGAGAUAGAAAGGAUCUUUGGCUUUCCCGUGCACUACACAGACGUGUCCAACAUGGGCCGCGGUGCCCGCCAGAAGCUGCUUGGGAGGUCCUGGAGCGUGCCUGUCAUCAGACAUCUCUUUGCCCCGCUAAAGGACUACUUUGCCUGUGAAUAGUUGCUCCAAUGACCUGCUGGGGUACCUGGGGUCCUGGGUAGAACCCUUACCCCAGAGCCUGGGCUGUGCCCUUCCUUCAGCUCAGCUGUGUGUGGUGCCACACAGCAUACCUCGGCGGGAGCCAGCAGCCUGUUCACUUCCUGGCAGGGUGACACAAGAUGCCCAUCUCCAAGUGCACAUUCACCUGGCUG